AUGGAUCAAGUAAUGUUGGAUUUGGAUGACCCUCUUCGGAGGCGUCAGCCCUUUACGGAUGCCUCGAGCAGAAUCAACCACAGCAGGUCACCAAAAGUGGAAACACCGCGCGUCAAAGUGGAGGAAUUUCACGAGCUCAAGACCCCAGACCGAAUGUCGGUGAUCAUGAGCCCAACCCCUCGCGACAAAGAGAAUCAGCGCCUAUCCGUGGCCAAUGAUUGGCAAACAGAGUCAGCUCGCAACUCAGUGGUCUCGGCGGCGUCAAUUUUGUCCGGCAAAGGAAAAAGAAAGACACAUGUUGGUCCAUGGCAGUUGGGCAGGACCUUGGGUAAAGGUGCGACAGGUCGAGUGCGACUGGCAAAGCAUGCUGUCACUGGACAGACUGCGGCUAUCAAGAUUGUGUCGAAGAAGUCUGCCGCUAUGGUACAGAGCGAGAGCAUUGCUGCGAUGGAUCGAAACUCCAGCAACUUUACAGGCCAUUCGGGUGCCCGACAGAUGCCCUGUGGAAUCGAGCGUGAGGUUGUGAUUAUGAAGUUGAUCGAACACUCCAACGUUAUCAGCUUGUAUGACGUUUGGGAAAACCGUGGAGAGUUGUAUCUUGUUCUCGAGUACGUGGAAGGAGGAGAGCUGUUCGAUUAUGUCUCUCAGAACGGACCCCUGCCUGAAGAAGAAGCUGUUAGAUUAUUCCGUCAGAUUAUCGCAGGCUUGGGAUAUUGUCAUAGAUUCAACAUUUGCCACCGCGAUUUGAAGCCUGAGAAUAUUUUACUCGAUGGAAAUCACAAUGUCAAGCUCGCAGACUUUGGUAUGGCUGCGCUCCAACCUGCAGGGCAUUGGCUCAAUACUUCCUGUGGAAGUCCCCACUAUGCGGCUCCCGAAAUCAUUUACGGUCGGAAGUAUCGAGGUGAUCGAGCCGAUAUGUGGAGCUGUGGAAUUAUCUUGUAUGCUCUUUUGACGGGAUACCUGCCUUUUGAUGGCGGUGACUUGCCCAAUACACUGCGCUUGGUGAAGAAGGGUGACUACAUGAUCCCUCCCGAGCUGAGUGACGAGGCAGCCAACCUUAUUACACGGAUUCUGCAAAAGCGACCGGAAGACCGUAUUACCAUGCCGGAGAUUUGGGCCCAUCCCCUUUUGACAAAGUAUGAAAAGUUGCACAACGCAAUGGCGGACUAUUAUAUCGGACCUCCUCCACCUCUGUCCAUCAAGGACUGUGGUGAUCCAGUGUCUAGCCGCCACGACAUUGACAUGGAUAUUCUUCGAAAUCUGCAGACUUUGUGGCACGAUGUGAAGCCAGAGGGCUUGAUAAUGAGAGUCAUGUCGCUUGAGCCCACACACGAGAGAAUGUUCUACAACUCACUUGUCAAAUUUCGUGAUGAGCAACUGGAGAACUACCAAGGCCAGCCACUCGAGUACUCUGCGAGUGACUAUCAUCACAUUUCAAAAUAUGUUGAAAGAUCGCAAAGGGGACGCAGCGAAACUGGAGGAACCAAUUCUACACGACGAUCGCACGUUUCAGUCGUGAAGAAUUUACACCGCCGAAUCGGUCAUACUAGCCAGGAACCAAUGUCUCCUGCGAGUGUGAAAAGCUACGACCCCUUCAGGUCGCCCAAAACGCGGGGCACUGCUGCUGAGGCCAAGUUUGCACAAAUCACAGUUCACCAUGCAGUGCCAGAGAUUCCCGAGCGUGGCGAAGUGUCCCCCGCCGGAAAGCCUACGCCUUCUAUUAUGGAAGAGGAAGAGCCUGCGGAUGAUGAGGAUGUCACAGACUCACCAUUCACUGUCCUACAAAAGAGAAAGCACAAGCCUAACUCGAUGAAGUCUUUGCAUUCCACGAAGAUGCCCCACUCUAGUUCUCGAGUUCCCGGGCUAUCAACCCAUUCAACAAGUUAUCACCGAAAUGUUUCCUUCCGCCAUGCUCGCAAUCGUUCGCAUGGAUCAACUAAGCCCAAGCGCAGGAAGACUGCCCUGCACCAGCAGGGUGAGUUGAAACGGUCUCCUAGUGCUGCUAGCUUGCAGAUGAUUGCCACCGGAUUGUCAGUUCCCGAUAUGCCAAGCAGUCCCCCUCUUCCAGCCCAGCCCACAGUUGUUCGAGGUGGACACAAGGUCAAGAGCGUCGACCAAAACAAGCGAUUCCGCCAACCAGACUUUGUUUGGAAAGAGGACGCCCGCAAGGUUUCGCACGAAUUGAGUCAAAUUUGUGAAGAGGCAUUCAAUGGUAGCUCCGUGACAACUAUUCGUACUGCUAGUACAGGCACUGAGAUGGGAUACGAGACCCCCACGACGCCAGUCUCUAUUGCGAGCCCGGAGCGAGUUGAGAUGCCUGCGAAGCCCCCGACCAGGACCAGUCUUCACCCGCCUAGGGAGUCCAGCCGAUCGUACAGUAUCCAGGAGUUAACUGAGACUCGUCAAAAGCUUAUCGAGCAUAGCCUUGGUCGCACCGAUAAUAUUCCAGGGUACUUGUCUGGGGUCAUUGGUCAUCUAGAUCGUUUGAUUGAAGAAGAUCAAUCGAGAAAAUGUCUCCAAGGACUGGGUGAAAACGAGCCACAAUUCGUCGAUCCAUUCCUUGUGCCGACUCCAGCUACUCGUGAUACUUCCUUGCCAGCAAUCCACGAAGAAUUCGCAAGUCCUGUUCGUGGUACCCCUGAGGAAGUUAGCCCCAAGCGGAAGCCUAAGCUGCGUCACACUGGUCGUAGCAGUGAUGGAAAGGCAACCAUCCGAAUGGUUCCCCAUAGCUCCCUCCGCUCCAUGGAGGAGGUAAAACCGUUAACCAUCCGCAAGAAGCAUCAGGUGGCUGACUCUAAUCCUCAUUCUGUGAAUAAACCUCGCGCUUUCUCAGCCGACUCUCGACAGAGCCGCCACCCUGGUGGUCUGGACCCCAUAAGCGAAGUUCCCGGAUCCCCCACAAAAGAAGACAAAGGUACAGAAAACAAGAAGUGGUCUUGGUUCAGGACCCGUUCGCAAAACUCAGACUCAUUGCCUACACUUCCACGCAAAGACACCCCUUCCAUUAUCCCGAGUAAUGGGACAGUCAUUGUCAACCCCCCACAAGAGCUACAAUCUCCUGCCUCUCCUACCCGCCUGGAGGGAGAUCGGAUUCCUACCCGGAAAACCUCGAUGGAGCGAUUUGGAGGUGCUUUGAAGAAGCUCGUGACGAAGAAAUCAAACAAAAACCCGCAGUCAGGGAUUGACAAUCUCCAACCCAAGGAUCCCCGCCACUCAGAAUUACUAUGCAAGGGCUACCCCGAUACGGACAGUUCCUUUGAAGCCGAUGACCCACAGAACCCAUUCCAGAAUAAACGCCGAUCAAUUGCAAAUCACAACUGGUUUGCUCGUGUCUUCCAAAUCAAACCUGCAACUCGCGUUCUUGCCUUGAAUACCAGCAAGGCGAAGGGUUGUAAGGUCGUUCAUCAUCUCCUUCGCGAUUGGGAAGAUUAUGGAAUGGAGGACGUCCGCAUGGACAAAGUCAACAGUAUUGUUCACGGCCGUGUUGGGGAGGUCAACUUUCUCCGACUACGUGAGGUUGAAUUCACUGCUGAAUUCUACACCGUCCUGGAGCAUGGCCGAAAAGCCAACUUGAGUUUGGUCAAGUUCAAACAAGAACGUGGUGCAGCCUCCUCAUUCAAUAAGGUGGUUGACACUGUUCAGCAGAUCAUGAAGUCUCGUGGUCUCAUUGUCGAAGAUAACGCACGAGCAAAGAAGAUGGCCCGCGUACUCGACACAAUCCCCGGCUCCUAA